UUUACUAUAAAGAUUUCCCAACUCCUUGUCCGUGAAGAAAGCAAUGCCAUAGCUAGAAUACAUUCUGGAGUAAUAUGGCACGUAUAAAUUAAUCUUCCUUUGGAUAGCUUUGCUUUCAUGAUAUUAGCUUUGACGAUCAAGCUAAGGAUAAUUGUAUUCUGUAUUUAUAUUCAUAACAAGAAAUAUAUGAAUUGUUUUGGAUUGAAUUAUGGAUUGAAUUACGGGACUAUGGAUAUCGACAUGUGAAUACUCCUAGUAAUAAUAUACAUGUUUGGAAUCACUUUAUACAUGUCAACUACGAGUUCGGCCAACAUCAAAAUAUGUAGAACUUUGCAGAGCUAAGGCGAAAUCGGCUUCCGGGGGUGGCGACACAAACCCCCUCACACUUCGCCCCAUCAAAGAAGUCGAACAACAGGCAGUGUUGCAACGACCAGUAUAUAUAGUGACCGAAAGAUGGUGGUCCUACCGAAGAUUGCCACAGGACGAAGUGCUAAGAGUGCCAAGCAGAUGUGGAAGGAUCACGGGAAUAUCAAGAUCAAGACUGUUCUCCAAAAUGAGUUGGAAACACCAAGAAUGCCACCGAUAUACGUAUCAAAGAACCCCAAACCCCUGAAUGAACGACCUGUGGACGAGUGGAAACCGUUCGACAUCUUGCACUUCCGUGAGUUUGCCGAGAGUGGGGAGAUUGAACCCGAUGACGUCACUGAUUGUAAAGAUUUGUACUCCCAGGUGACGUUCUUGAUGAAUGCUGUGAGGAACAUCGAUAGCACCAUUAGAUAUCAGAAUCUUUGUAAGAAGCCCCGGAGCUGGAGUGAGCCCUCUGUCGUCGAUGACCAGCCAGGGUUGAUCGCCGGCACCCGACUCCACUGGCAAUCAGCAUCCCCAUCUCUCCCGCAUCCUCGGAUGUUGCUACCACUCAAAGCAGGACCUACCAACAAGUGGUACGCGUGGCGCACUGCCCAACCCAACAACAAUGAUAAGAAAAACAGAAAACCACGAGGAAAAAUCGGAUAGAUCACCACGGAGCUUUCUCGGAGGCUUUCAGCCCAUGUGUCGUUCCUCAUCCAAAGCCAGCUGUGGUAAAAGUUCCAGAGAGCGCACCCAAGCCAGACAACUCCAGACUCAAGUGCCUCGUGGAAGAUUACCCUCAGAUCAUACAGCGACGAGCCCAGCAGGUAGAGACAAGAUAAAGAAUGAAGAAAACAGUACGACUGUAGAACCUCUUUCAUUACCGAAUUGAAAGAGGAGAGCGUUGAUCAAGCUGAAAAGAGACAGACUGAUGUUAAAUUUGUGUCAGGAAAAGACCGUAUACAACGUCGGACAAACCUUGGUUUGAAACGCGUCGAAACGCGUCAUAUGACGCACAUAAAGCUAAGUUUGUCGACAAGCCUCCUUUAUGAAUUCGGGCCAAUACGUUUGACCAAAAGUGUUACUUCUGUAACAGUGGUCAUCCAAUGCAUGUUCCGAAAGUCAACCGAGACGGCAAAGAGUUGGAUUUAAAUAUGGCAGAAUUUUCAAGUUUGAUGUACGUUUUAUAUAUAUAUAUAUAUAUAUAUAUAUAUAUAUAUAUAUAUAUAUACGUAUAUAUACAUGUACUUGUUUAGGAUAGUGUUUCAUAAAAAUAUGAACGACAGAGCGAGUUUGUUCUUCGCACACAUGUAUGCCCAUUAUGUGUAUCUACCGUACUUGCUUUCGUGUAAAAUCAUAUUUUUCAAUAAAUCGCUUUAAAAAGAA